AUGGCAAUAUCAAUAACAAGAGCAAAAGCAAAAGAAAGCAGCGGAAUUGAGAAGGCGAAGAAGGGCCCAAUCCCGAUGUCCAACUCUGAAACUACACCUAGGAGCAUCAAAGAGAGCACAAAACCAUCCCACAGAAGCACCUCAAAUGAUCACAAGGACAAGACAUGGGAGAGACGAAUGCCAAGUUAUGUGAAGCCUAAAACAAGCUUGCGUUCUGAGUCUCAAUCCCCGUCAUUGAAGCAAUUUAAGAGUGAUGUUGCUACUCAGAAGCCUAGUGUAAACAGAAAGCCAGUAUCAGAUUCCAUUUCAUACAAACCUAAGGCCAAGGAGGUCUCCUCUUUAAGGUCUCAGAGCCAUAAAGCACUUGUCUCUCUUGGCCCUCCUCACAAAACACCAUCACCUCUCCAGACCUCAUCUACUUCAACUCCUUCCCUACCUAAAACCAUUUUCUCUUCCAAACCCAUUUCUAAGACAACCUUAAAGACACCCAAGGUUGCAAAUCCCAAACCAGCAUUGUUGAAAACGGGCACGACUCCCAAGAAGGCUGCUCCUGCCACCAGGAAGAAGGUAGUUUAUGCUCCAGUCAACUCAACAAAUAUUCCAGAGAGCUCUAAUGUGACUGCAAAAACCUCUAGACUUGAAACUGUGCCCCCAGCAACAAAACAAGAGCAGGGAGCAUUAAAGGUUGAAGAUGCCGGACACCAAGACGUUGUAGAAGCAUUCCAGCUUCCACCACAUGUUGAUAAUACUGAACAACACGAAUGCGAACAUGAGCAGCAACACAAGGUUGAGCCUGAUCAACCUCAUAUUCAAGCUAAUGACGAGGGGGCAGUUCCAAGUGUGCCAGAGGGUGAGCCAGUUUCUGUUACUGACGUAGAGGAAGCGAAAGGGAAGCCAAAAGGAGAGAAAACAAAGGAUGAGCAUGGAGAUGAAGAGACUACAAGUCAAGGGGAAAGUAAAAAUUGGAGACACCCACAAGAGCAGCUUGCAGGUGAUGGAGAUGUUGAGGUCACAGAAAAGGAAAAAGAAGAAGGUGGAGUUAUAGAAGCUAGAGAGAGUGAGAACAACAAUGAGGGAAAGACAUUGAAAGAGAAGAAAGGGGAGGAAACAGGAAUAAGUGAAGGUAAGACUCACGGUGAUGAACUUGCACCCAAGAGUGAAGUUGCAGAGGUCAAGACAGAGUCCAAACCACCAAAAGAAGAAGCAAACGUUAUCGAAGAGACAGCAAACAAAUUGAUGGAGAUGAGGAAGAAUAAGGUGAAAGCACUGGCUGGGGCGUUUCAGAGUGUCAUUGACCAUCAAACCUCAUCCAAAUGAAGCAAGCCUCGUAUUUGACGAGGGUGCCUCA